AUGUUUGCAAAUGAUGAUGAAGAUGAUGAUUAUAAUAAUAAUGAAAGUUAUGACGAAGAUCAACCACAAGGUUAUCAAGCAUUGUUAGAUCCAGAUGAUGAAGAAACUUUCACAGUAGAAGAAGAGGAAGAUGAAGUUGAUGAUCAUGAAGAAGAAAUAGAAUCUAUUGAAGAAGAAGGAGAAGAACAAGUGCCUGUUGAUGAUGGUCAAAUAAAACUAUUCUCUUGUUCGUUAUGUUCUGUAUCCUUCAGUAAAUUCGAAGUAUAUCGUGAACAUUAUGUAUCUACAGAACAUCGAUAUAAACGACGUGAUGAAAAGAAACAUCUUAGAGAAGGAUAUGUCAUUGAAACAUUACCAAUUGAAAUAUUUGUUAAUUUAUUACUUUAUAAUAAAAUACCAUUUGAAAGUAUUCAAAUUGAUAUUCAACCUAUUGAUUUUAGUGUAAGUGGUACAUUAGAAUAUAAUAAUAUUAAAUAUGAAUAUCAACAUGUAUCAUCACUUAAUGAUUUAUAUCAAUUACUUAUUAAUAAAUUUAAUCAAGAUUAUGAAAAACAUCAAUUAAAAAUGUCACCACAAAGUUUUUUUGUUGCACGAGAUAAUGUAUGGACUGUAUUACGUUAUUGUGAUGAUACAGAAAAAUCUGAUGAACAAAUUAUUAAAAAAGUCUUAGAUUAUUGUGUAUACAAAAAUGUUGAACCAGAACGUGAACGUUUAAUAGCACAUUCAAUUCAAACAUGGCGUAUGUUUCAUCGUCAAGAAACUAAACCAGGUCUUUGGUUAUUUAUUCCAAUUGAUAAAUUGAAUUAUUAUCGAACACGAGUUAAUGCUUAUCGAAUUCCACCAUCAAAUAAAACUAUUAAAAAUGCAUAUUAUUGCACAUUUUGUAAAAGAUCAUAUGAAUCAGCAUAUACACUUGAAAAACAUCUUGGUUGGAAAGGUCAUCGAGAUAUAUUACGAAAACGUCGACAACAUGAACUUGAUAAUUUACUACGUCUUGUUACUUAUUUAAAUUUUAAUCAAUUAACACAUGAACAACGUAAUGGUGGUAUUCAACAAAUGGCUAAAACAUCAGAUGAAUAUCGAUUAAAAUAUAAUCUUGAACCUAUAACAAUUGAAAGUAUUCAAAAUGAUAUUAUGCAUUUUGAUACACAACUUGCACAACAACUUAUGCAAAAUAUUCAUAAUCAACAAGGAAAUAAUAAUAAUAAUAAUCGAUUUAAUUAUGGUUAUAGUCGAGGUCGAGGACGUGGACGUGGACGUGAAAGGCAAUCAUUUCGUGGUCAAACAUUUCGAAUACGACCUAAUUUUCAUCAACAAAAUGCACAAAAUUUCAAAUCAGGUAGCUGA